CACGCGCGCGGGCGAGAGGGAGAGAGAGAGAGAGAGAGAGAGAGAGAGAGAGAGCGUGCACCGCAGCACUGCUCUAGAUCGUGAACGUGCUACUCGACGCCGUGUGCGGGAUCCUCGGUCACAUUAUUCUUGAAAACAAAUCUGGCGAGCGAGACACGUUCACGCUCACCCCCGUGUAUAUAUGGCUUCAAUUGAGGAGCUGGAACAUCAGGUCGACAGCGGCAUGGGCAGCAGCGACGUGCGCUCUCCUGAGGUGAAGUCGCUCCUCCCCGAUGAAGAGGACGACGACGAGGAGGAUGAAAGCUUAACGGAAAGAUUAUUAGGACUUACUGAAAUGUUUCCUGAACCAGUACGCAAUUUUGGAUAUAAUGUUGGGACUUGUCUAUAUACAUGUAUUAAAGGUCUAUAUGCAUAUUCGUGUUCCACCACAUGGCUGGUCUUCAGUUCGUCCACCAUUCUCUUUGCGCCAAUUAUAUUUGAGAUGGAACGUGCACAAAUGGAAGACCUGCAACGUACGCAACAAAAACAAGUUCUCUUAGGCCCUAACACUGCUUUGUCUGGUGUCAACACCUCGGGUCUUCCAAUGGCACCGCCUGUUCAGCGAUAAACUAUCAUAUGUUCACACACACACAUAUACACGUGUUCAAAGUUCACGUGUAAAAAUAUCCAAAUCAUGGAGGAAAUGUAUUAAUUGAGUCUCAUGCUCAAUUAUUUAUUAGUAUAACUUGUUCACACAUGAGAUUUGACACAAAAUCGUGAAUGUAACGAACGAGGAUUCGCAUAAAUGAAGCGUAAAAAAUCAUGUGUACUUAUUCUCAACCAGAAUAAUUCUUACAAAAUACACGAGGUAAAAUAAUAUAAAUUUGGAUCACUCCAUAUAAUAAAUUUAUAAAUUAACGCAGCAUGUAUCUCUCGGUCUAUAGUCCAUCCUCUAUCUCUAUAUUCACACAUAUACAAAUCAUCGUUCCUCAUAAUUUUUACUAAGAAACAAUGUACUGUGGUGUCAUAUGGCAUUUUAUUAUUAGUGCGAUAAAAUGUUGCAGAAGCAACAGUAGUAUCUCGUUUGAUUAAAAAGGGGCAACGGCGGUAUUUUAUUCAUUGUGAAUGAAUAAUUGAGAGAAAUUUGGAGAAAUUGAAAAAGCAAUUAUUUAUACAUAAUAAUAGUUACUACACAAUCUGUGUUGCUGGAUAUCGCGGUGGUUAUUUUUAAUAUAUCUCGCCUGUUAUAUAUUGUAAUUCAUUGUAAUUUCGAGAAAAGAAAUAAAAGACAUAGCGAAAUAGUCUUUAAUAUUGUUCGAUUUAUCGUCGUAUUGUUUGACUUUUUGCAUUAUGUAAAAUGCCAAAUAAUAAAUGCAAUGACAGCUCUA